AGCCUUCUGUGGGCCCAAUUCAGCAUUAGCAUUGUUCGCAUGGGUGCAUUUGCAUUCUCGUCCUAAGCAGCGGCGGAGUCUGCAGCCACAUUGCAGCUCCAACGCUCCCGAAGCGCUACCAAUCUCAGGAGCAUUUGUUUGCGUCAUCUUGAGCUGCCGACGCGAUGACCGGGCGCGUAUCACUGGCGCUCCUCGGAUGGCGCGCGGGCGCCGCGGCGAGCGCCUGGAGCGCCCCCCCCGGCAGGAUCGACAAGGUCAGGUCGUCGUUGCAGCCAGUGCUUGAUGAGGUGGCCCUGAAGUACAACAUGAGCUUCAGCUUCGGCUACGUGGACUCCUCGGGCCGCCUCGGGCUCGCAGCCGGCGUCGACAACAUCUCGGCAUCUGGACCGGGGAGCCCCUGCUCCCAGGGUCCCUCGUGCCGCUCGGGUCCGUGACCAAGCCGUGGACGGCCGUGGGCAUUUUCCAGGCCGUCGAGCGCGGGGAGCUCUCCCUGGACGACGCGGCCAGCGAGUGGGUGGAUCCCGUGCUCGACCGGCGACCCCGCCCCGCCCCCUGGGCAUGACGAGAGCCGACGACGACUUCAUCGCGGAGCACUGGACGAUGGAAUACAGUGGUGACGAUAUGGGUCCUCAACUUUACCUACAGAGCGCAGCUAAACGGGGUUUCGUGUGCAAGCCUCGCACGUGUGCCACAUACUCGGGGGCCAACUACAUACUGCUCGGACUCGUGCUGGUUCGGCUUGCUCACGUCUGGUCCUGGCAGGAUUUUAGCCAGCUGAGCGUCAUCCCAGCACGCCUGUGGGAGACUGACAGGUACUCCCAGACAAGUUUCUUACAUCUCGGACGCUGCAUUCAGUACCCGGGUGUGGCACAUCAGUUUGCUUGGAAUUAUUGGCGCCCGGAGCCUUUACCACAACGUUUCGAUGAUUUGGCUUUCUCUUCGUGCUUGAAUGGCUGGACAAUGGGGAAUAUUGCCAGCACUGGCAAGGAUUUAGCAACCUUCUUCUACGACUUGUUCACUCUCGCCCCAGAAGAGGGCGGGUUCUUGAACGCCACAAGUCUGCAGGCCAUGCAGGACUUCAAGCGCCUCAACGACACCUGGUGUCAGGGCCCCUCGGGGUAUGGAUCGUGCUCGUACGGGAUGGGCUUGCUCUCCGAUCAGGUUGGACAGGAUGUUUGGAGGGUGCUCGAUGGAACUCCAGGCAGCGCUGCUGAUGCGCGAAUACUGGGCCACCCUGGCGAAGAUUGGGGCAGCGGUUGCUCCCCGUGCGGGUAUAACCCGAAGUUCGGAUUUGGGAUAUGCAUGGCCUACACGAGCGUGAUCGGUAUGAAUUGUUCCGGCGAUUUCCGCGCCAACUACUACGCGGUCCAAGAGGCCACGUGCAGGGCCUACGACGCGGUUUUGGCGGCCUGCGGCGGGCCCCGGCUCAACUGCACGUUGCCCCCGCUCCAGGGUGCGCCUGUGCAGGCGAGCUGCUCCUGGAGGAGGGAUGCCACCUACAACGGGACGGUCGACGAUAUGAUGGAACUUGUCGGCGAAGCUCCUGCUACACCAAGCAAUAUCGUGCAAGACGCCACCGCAAUGCUCGUGUGAAAGCCAGCACUUCGGCGCAAGUUGCUAGUGCGUCUAGAAGGCAUCAGUGCAUGCCUGAAGCAGCGACCUGCAGAUAGCACGGGGGGACAUCCAGAUAUUGUGUGGGACGUGCGCGAAGGUGCACGAAGCACACAUUGCAAAAUGUGAGUUCGUUUGCCGUCGUCAUUGUCCGAUAGUCCAUUGCCAGGCUGUUGCCGUAGUUAGCGAAACAUCAUGUUAUCGCUGCGUUGCAUCCGUCAAGAGGAUCCCGAAUUUCUGCCACCAGAAUAUACACCUUGUGUCAUGUGCUGAACGCUUGAAAUAAUAGCUGGUCAAGAUUAUCAGAGUGUUCAGCAUCGCUACCCACUUAGUUACCACGUCGUUCAGUUCAAGACUUUACCAGCGUCUUUGCCUGAGCAUUUCCGGGAUCACGGUCACGUUGUGACGGUUGGGUUCGCCAUCCUUUCGUUGUCGUCGUAAAUCUUUGUAUGCGCUAGAGUUCGAGGCUGCACAGGCCAAGCGCGCGUGGGAAGCAGAGCAAGGCUUUUGAGGCCAGAGCGAUGCACGAAGGGUGGUAGACACGGGAGUUGAUGACAGUGGUGAG